AUGGCAUCCGCAGCAGUCCAACACCCUCAGGGGCAUUCGACCUCGUUCGAGCCCUUGACGACCCAAGUCCAGGAGAACAAGGCCCCCGAAUCUCAAAAGCAUCAUGUCCAGACUGCCCUGAACUAUUACAAGGACCCUGGUGAUGGCUCCCUCCCACCGCCAUCUUAUGUGGGAAAACCCGAGACAUACGAAAGACCAGUGGCACCCCUUGAUGUGCAGAUUUACGAUGUCCGAGGGGAAGAGGACAAGUAUGAUCUCGACAGCCAUGGCUUUCGUUUCGUUCAGCACGAGAGCGUCGAGAAGGACUUUCUUGACGAUGACUUGAUCAAACAGCGCUAUUACCCCGAGGUUGAACAACUAAUUAAAGACCAGACCGGUGCAUCUCGGGUUUUCAUCUUCGACCACACCAUCCGCCGUGUCGACAAGGAUCAAGGCCGAGACCCGAACAAGGCUGUUAACCUGCGUGGGCCCGUCAAUCGAGUCCAUAUUGAUCAAAGCUACUCGGCGUCCAAGUCUCGUGUUCCUUACCAUCUGCCGGACGAGGCUGACCGGCUGCUUCAAACACGCUACCAGAUCAUCAAUGUCUGGAGGCCCAUUAAGCAAAUUCUCAAGGACCCUCUCGCCGUUGCCGAUGCACACUCGGUUCCAGACUCUGACCUCGUCCCCGUUUCUCUCAUAUACCCCAACCGCAAAGGCGAGACUUACACCGUCCGCCCCAACCCAGAACACAAGUGGUACUUCCUUUAUGGACAAAGGCCUGAUGAGGUGACUUUCAUCAAAUGCUUUGAUUCUAAGCUCGAUGGCCGCGCUAGAAGAAUCCCCCACACGGCGUUCAGCAAUCCUGCCCACGUGGAUGAUUACAAUCGUGAAAGCAUUGAAGUGCGUACACUCGUUUUCUACGAAGACCAAUCAGCUGAGUGACGGACUCACAUGGGGCAGUCAAACAUAUAAUUUAUUCUUGUGUUCUAACAAAUUGAUGAC